UACAAGAAGCAGAAAGGCUGAGGAGCACGAUGUUUGACUUCAUAUGGAUUCAAAUGUUUUCAGUUAUGAUACUAAUGCUUCAGUUAACAGCAGCAGUAACUGAACACUAUGGUGUUGUUGUCAGAGUUGGAGAUGAAGUCACUUUGUCUUGUGGAAAUGUGACAGAUGAUCAGGAUAAAUGUAAUGCAACUACCUGGCUCUUCACUAGUUCUAGUAACACAAUAGCAAUAACACUGUUUGAACAUGGAGACAUUCACAAAAAUGCCAAAACUAAAUCACACAAACUGAGUGUGACAGCAAACUGUUCUUUGGUGAUAAGGAACGUCUCAGCUGAGGAUGUUGGUCAGUACAACUGCAGAAAGUUCAGCAAAUCAGAAAAAAAACAAGAUCGAGAUAUUCCAGUUUUCCUCUCUCUUGUUAACAUGACUGCACAUAAGGACAAGAACACAGUGACACUGAGCUGCUCUGUGCUGAAAUACAGUAAAUGCCAAUACACAGUGAAGUGGCUCUAUAAGGAUGAAGAUAUUGAUAACAAUGCCAAAGACUUUGAAACAUCACAGUCCACCUGUUCAGCCAGUGUGACCUUUACAACUUCUCAUAAUGUUUACACAUCAGAGAAUUAUGAGGUAUUCAAAUGCCAAGUGAGAGAGGGUAAAGCAAUGCAACAGUUCUCCUUCAGGAAUCAUCCUUUAAGUGACCAAACUGGAUGGUGGAAGUUUAUUCUUGUGGGCUUGGGUGUAGCAGCACUCUUCAUCAUUGUUGUAACGUUCAUCAGAUGGAAGAGAACUAAAGAAAACAAUCCACAGAUGAGUAAAAACACAGUUGAGCCUGAAACUGCUGUUAGCUAUGCCACCAUCAGCUUCACAAAGAAAACUGCCAGUAAAGCCCAGGUAAGCUGUCUUUUUGUCUAAAAAGGAAAUGUCUCUUAAUAAUACAAAUGCCUCAUAAAAGAGACGAAAAUGUGUCAACGUGCUAAAAACUAUCAUGUAAAAUUCCAUCCCAAAAAAAGUUGAAAAACAGUCGACCAACUUUUAACAAAAAGUCCUCAAACUGAACUUAUUCUGAAUCACUGCUGUGCUUUUAUUCCAUUUUAAAUUUGGGUUCUGUUAAGAGAUUUUCAAAUGUUUCAAGUAUUAUUCCCACUGCCAUUUGUACGUUAUUGAAAGUUUAUCUUUAAUUUUAGUGUUAAUAGUUGUUUACCCAUUUAUUCUUUCCAUUUAAUCGUAUUUUACUGCUUCACUAGAAGUGAAGCUGAAGUAAAGACAAAAGCAUAGUGUUCUCAGAUAUGAUUUACCCAGGACAUCUCCUCUGUACCUGGUUCUCUACGAGCCGUUUCACUCCCAGGAAGGGGAGAGCAGGACGUUCUUAUCUAUACACUCCCAAAUACAAAGAGGGGCCCAUUCUUCAGAAUCACACACACACACUCUGAGAUCAUAAACUUCACACACACACACAUACUCUGAAACGCUAUAAAUAAAGAACUGCCACAUACGCUGGUUGUGAGCCUGAGACAGCAGCGCUCACCCAGCGUGCGCACGUUGUUACCAUCUAAA